CUCCAGUGCAUGCAAAGCUGCUAAAUGACACACAUCAGGCAAUGGGGGACAAACCAAUUGUGAGGGACAUCAAACAGGCAAUAAAUCAAGAUCUGCAGAAGAGAUAUAGCACUGUUGAGGAGAAAAACACCCUCCACACAGCAUCGGCCCUGGAUCCACGAUUUAAGUCACUGCCUUUCCUGACCACAGAUGACAUCAGUGCCACAUAUUCCAAACUGGUUGUGGAGGCAGCCAGCCUUCAGCCCACUAUUAGGCAAGAAGAGACCAGCAGUGCCUCUGGAAUAGAAAUGGAUGGACAGGAUCUUGAGGUGCUUGAAGAGCCACAACCUAAAAGAAGAUCUGGGCUAGCUGAUUUACUGGGAGAAACAUUUUCUACCACAGCCCCACUAAAGUCAGCAUUUUCCCAAGCUGAAGAGGAAGUGAAGAGAUACCAGGAGGCUUCUCCACUGCCACUUGAAGAAAACCCUCUCAACUGGUGGUGA